CGCCAGUCUGUUGUCCGUUUUUAGUUCUUAUUAUACUGUCAACUAUUUCGGACUCUCCGAUACAAAGGAAGAAGAAGAACACUUCUCUUUAAUUCAUAAUAAUAAAACCGAUCCCCCUUUCUUCCAAACCCCAACAUCAGAUUUUUUUUUUUUUUUUUUACAGAGAUGGCUUGCUCAACUUUUCUCAAAUUGAACGCCCCCUCCUCCUCGUGGAUCUCCGGCCACCACUCCGUCAAUCUCAGCCCCGGAUCGGCCGCGCGUUUCCCCACCCGCCGCCUCUCGGUCAUCCGCGCCGGAUCUUACACCGAUGAGCUUAUUAAAACUGCCAAAUCAAUUGCAUCACCGGGUAGGGGAAUCCUUGCAAUCGAUGAAUCAAAUGCGACGUGUGGAAAGAGAUUGGCUUCCAUUGGACUUGACAACACGGAAACAAACAGACAGGCUUAUAGACAACUUCUGUUGACCACUCCUGGUCUGGGAGAAUACAUUUCCGGUUCCAUUCUCUUCGAAGAGACGCUUUAUCAGUCAACCACUGACGGAAAGACGUUUGUUGACUGUUUGCGCGACGAGAAUAUCGUGCCCGGUAUCAAAGUUGAUAAGGGUUUGGUUCCACUACCAGGUUCGAACGAUGAAUCUUGGUGCCAGGGAUUAGACGGAUUGGCUUCUAGAUCUGCCGAGUACUACAAACAAGGGGCUCGUUUUGCCAAAUGGAGAACUGUUGUGAGCAUACCCUGCGGGCCUUCUGCUUUAGCUGUUAAAGAAGCAGCUUGGGGUCUUGCUCGUUAUGCUGCAAUUUCUCAGGACAAUGGGCUUGUUCCGAUUGUGGAACCGGAGAUUCUUCUGGAUGGGGACCACCCAAUCGAGAGGACACUUGAGGUGGCGGAGAAAGUGUGGGCAGAGGUGUUUUACUACUUGGCGGAGAACAACGUUACCUUUGAAGGCAUACUGCUUAAACCUAGCAUGGUUACACCUGGUGCUGAACACAAAGAGAAGGCUUCUCCAGAUACAAUUGCCAAUUAUACCCUCACCAUGCUUCGAAGAAGAGUACCUCCUGCAGUUCCAGGAAUCAUGUUCUUGUCUGGAGGGCAAUCGGAAGUGGAGGCAACAUUGAACCUUAACGCAAUGAACCAAAGUCCUAACCCAUGGCACGUGUCUUUCUCGUACGCACGAGCAUUGCAGAACACUGUGCUGAAGAAAUGGCAAGGUCGCCCCGAAAAUGUACAAGCAGCGCAGAUUGCACUUUUGGUGCGUGCAAAGGCAAACUCGUUGGCAAAUCUCGGAAAGUACUCUGCUGAGGGCGAGAGCGAGGAGGCUAAAAAGGGUAUGUUUGUCAAGGGCUACACAUACUAAACUCCGUUUCUCUAUUUUUCUUUUUGGGUGGCGCUGAUUGGAUUUAGCUGCAAGAGCCCUUUUUCCUUUUACCAUUUUUCGGUGUCGCCUCUUUCUUGUUUAAAAUCAAAUGGUUCUUGAAUAAUGAAACUAAUAAGUUGUGAUGAGUGGGAUUUAAGGUUGAGGUAGUGAUGAGAGAUUAUUGUACCAUUUUGAAUUUGAUAUUUUUUAUGCAGUAUAACUUAAUGGCAGAGUGAAACUCAGUAACUUUGUGCAUCUAAAUGUAAGGUUUAUAUCUACAUCCUUUAGCAACUCAAUUUGAUUCCGAAAAUUUG